UUGAUCAAUCAACAAAUUCUCAUAGUCACAAUCUUUGAACCAAAAGAAGCUAUGGAGCUAUCACUAGCAUUAACAUCAACGGAUCAUCGUCAGUUGAACAAUAAUCCAUCGCCUUCAGAGGCACAUCCAGACACUAUGGACUUUCUGUCACGAGAAUGGUGUAAUUUUGCUGUCCAAUCGCUUCAUCCGGACCCUAUCCUCUGUGACCGUUCCAUUGUUCCCGUUGAGACGUCGAUCGCCAAGUUUCAAGGCGACUCCAGCCCUGUUUCUUGUGCUAAGAUGGACGAUCCAGAUUUUAAGCCUUCCAUGCCUUCGUGGAAAACCAAUGAUGUCAAGUCAUGGAUAUGGAUGCAACAAGCAAUGCACCCGGAAUUGAGCUACGAAGGCUUUUUCCGCAAGAAACUUAAACUUCCAUGGAAGAUUACGCCAUCGAUAAAGAAAUGGUGGAAAGAGAUAAAGGCGAAACGAAAGGAAGAAGUGAGGCUACAGAGAGCUGAAGUCCAUGCCGCCGUGUCCUUGGCCGGUCUGGCCGCUGCUCUCGCCGCCGUAGCUUCCGAUAACGCGGGAAAAGGCGGAGGAAAAGGUCGACCAACCACAAAGGAGACAGCGGUGGCUUCUGCGGCAGCUGUGGUGGCGGCGCAGUGUGCACAGAUGGCAGAGACAAUGGGAGCAAACAGAGAUCAGCUCAGCACAAUGAUUGGCUCCGCCAUGAAUGGUACAAGUGUCAGUGAGAUACUCACUCUCACAGCCUCGGCUACAACUUCAUUGAGAGGUGCUGCGACGCUGAAAGCAAGAAGAAGUUGCAAGAUCAAUAGAUUGAACGGAUCUGCACCUGUUUUGCCUAUCGAAGACUCCUCUGAUUUGCCUCCUGAAUUUGACAAGAACACAUCACUUCUUGCUAAAGGAACAUAUCUCUUCGUCGAGACACCAGAUGGGGAUUUCAAGGCUAGGACAGUGUCUAUGGUCUUAAACAAUGACGGGAAGGUAAUUCUUAAAAUCAAGAAACAUAACCUACUCAGGACUAAAAAAGAAUGUAUGGUGACGAAUGUUCAUGUGGAACUUUAUAAAGAUUCGGAGAGCGAAGAAAACAACAUUCAAGACACUUGUUAUCUCAUUGUCCUGAAGACCAGCAGAGGAUCUAUUAAACUAGACAUGGCUGAUGAUUACAAUCGUUACAAGACAUGGGUCACAACGAUCCAACACAUGCUCACUCUCUCUUCUUCUUCUUCUUCCUUCCGUACAAAAUACGAUCUCACUUUCUACAAGAAAAACUAAACUUUUUUCUUCGUAUUUUGCUCUUCAAUUUCUCUAUGUAAUUUACUUUACAUUCCAUUUUUAUUUGAUCUCCUCCUCUGUUUCUUACGGUUCUCUCGCUUGUUUUUUUUUUUUUUUUUUUUAUAAUACUGUAUGAUGCAUAACAACUAGAGAGAACUUACGUUCUUUUAGACACCACAUACAUCAGCUAGCUUUCUAAGAAAAGUAACCUGGGAUUUGAGAAGCAUGAGAUGCUGAAUUGACUUGAGGAACAAGGCUUCCUCGUCGUCCACCUCUUCACAACCUGGUACAAUCCUACGAAGAAUUCCAAGGUUUCUUCGCAUACAAGUUUCGCGUAAUUUUGGUUUUUCCUUUCGUCCCUUGCAAUCUCGGUGCUUGACCUUCUUGCACUUCACCAUCUUCCUCAUUUCUUUGCACUCCGUACUUAGAUCCAAAGCCAUAUAUAUAUAUAGAAAGGCAAAGAUAUGGAACAAAACAAGUUGUCUGAAACAUGUUUUGACAGAGAAAAGCAGACAAGGAACCCAUAUCAAGGCCAUAACCACUGAACCUGUCUCUGCCAAUCCACCCUUGCAAUGUUUAAUGUUCA